AUGGAAAACCAAAUAAGCCAACUUGCUCAUCAAGUUGGUCAAUCUUUAAAGACUCCAGGGACUUUUCCGGGCCAGACAGAGCAACCUCAAAAAGGCCACAUGAAUGUUGUUACUUUGAGGAAUGGAAAGAAAUUGGAAGAUCCUCCUAUCAAGGAGCCAUCAAAGGAGGUCGUUGAAGAAGUAGGUGAAGGUGAGAAGGAGAUUCACAAUGCUAAGGUCGAGGAUGAAGCAAAGGAUGCAACUCCAAAGCCACUUGCUCCAUAUGUGUCUAAAGUUCCUUUUCCUCAAAGGUUAGCCCAAGCUAUACUUGAGAAAAAGUACGGUAAAUUUCUUGACAUUUUUAAAAAGCUUCAUAUAAAUAUUCCGUUUUUAGAUGCUAUAUCCGAAAUGCCUUCAUAUGCUAAAUUUUUAAAGGAUAUGCUUUCUAACAAGAAAAAGUUGGAAGAGAAUUCUACAGUUGCUUUGAAUGCAGAGUGCAGUGCUAUUUUGCAGAACACUCUACCUAAGAAAUUAGGUGAUCCAGGUAGUUAUUCAAUUCCAGUGAAGCUUGGAGAUAUUGAAAUCAACAGGGCACUAUGUGAUCUUGGUGCAAGUAUAAGUCUCAUGCCGCUGUCCAUCUGUAAGAAGCCAUAA